GUUUACAUAGUUAAAGAAAAUACAAAAUGGUCCAGCUAAAGCAGGUGUCGUUACGAUUGAAAUCUAUUAAAAACAUUCAGAAAAUCACAAAAACCAUGAAAAUGGUGUCAGCUAGCAAAUUCACAAAGGCCGAACGAGAACUCCAAGCUGCCAGGCCUUUCGGUUAUGCGCCUCGUAAGUUCUAUGAGUCUAGUCAUUUGGUCAAACCGGAAAAGAAAGACGCUAAAGGAGCCCCUGAAGCUGCGGCAGUAGCACCGGAAACACCAAAAGUAGAAGAUAAAGAGGCAGAAAAGACGACAAAGAGACUCUAUGUCGCUAUUACUUCCGAUAGAGGUCUGUGUGGGGGAGUACACAGCGGUGUAGCAAGAAGAAUCCGUCGCGAGAUGAGUGCCCGCGGGGCCGCAGACCAGCCUACACAUCGCUUGGUGUGCGUUGGGGACAAGUCCCGUGCGAUGUUGCGACGCACGUUUUCCAAAAACAUGCUUAUUAGCUUUAAGGAGAUUGGUCGCGUUGCUCCAACAUUUGCAGACGCAUCUGCGAUAGCAUCCCUCAUAGCAGAGUCUAAAUUUACAUACGACGUCGGCGAGAUAUACUAUAAUAAAUUUUUCAGUGCAGUCAAAUACGAAUUGACUAUCAUCCCCUUUUUUAACAAGUACAAAAUUGAGUCAGCGCCAAACAUGCACACGUUCGAUGAAGUAGAAGAAGAUCAAUUGGAGAUGUAUUCAGAGUUUACUCUGGCCGCGUUGCUGUACUACGUGUUGAAGGAGUCUGCAGCAUCUGAGCAGUCAGCUCGAAUGGCGGCCAUGGACAACGCAACCAAGAAUGCGUCAGAAAUGAUUAAAAAACUGACACUGUUGUUUAACAGAACUCGUCAAGCUGUAAUCACCAGGGAAUUGAUUGAGAUUAUUUCUGGUGCUGCGGCUUUGAAGUAAUUUUGAUCGAUACGAAAUGUAACAUUUCUGUCGAUCGAUGUACGAUUGGUGAUUUGAGACAAUACGUGGAGCGACAUUUCAGAUUUAGUCACCGAACUACGAAAAUAUUGCUAAUUUGUAAGUACUUUGGUACGUCUAUGUAAAGUUACCA